UCCUGCGGCGACUUCGGCGGCGGAGCCCCGGCGGGGACUUGGAGUCCGCGGGAGUCUGGGCAGCGGCGGGCGCGACUUGUGGACUGGAGCUGGGGGCGGCAGCAGUCCCGGCGGGGUCCUGGCCCGAGGCGACGGGCUCUGCGACCCUGCGAGAUGGAGGGGGCAGAAGGUAAUGCCGGGCAGCCCGGCUCCGCCGAGCGGUCCCACCGAAGCAGUGUGUCCUCCGUGGGAGCUCGAGCUGCUGAUGUGCUGGUGUAUCUAGCUGACGACACAGUGGUGCCCCUGGCGGUGGAGAACCUUCCUGCGGUCAGUGCCCAUGAGCUGCAUCGCGCAGUCCGAGAGGUCCUGCAGCUCCCAGACAGCGCCCUGGAGGCCUUCGCGCUCUGGCUCGUCUCCCCUCUGCUGGAGGUGCAGCUGAAGCCCAGGCAUCAGCCGUACAAGCUGGGCCGCCAGUGGCCGGAGCUGCUGCUGCGAUUCACCGACGCCCCAGAUGACGAUGUGGCCACAGAUGAGCCAUCCCUGCAGUUCCGGAGGAACGUGUUCUUCCCGAAGCGGCGGGAGCUCCAGAUGCAAGAUGAGGAGGUCCUGCGGCUGCUCUACGAGGAGGCCAAGGGCAAUGUGCUGACUGCCCGGUACCCAUGUGACGUCGAGGACUGCGAAGCACUCGGGGCCCUGGUGUGCCGGGUGCAGCUUGGGCCCUACCAGCCUGGCCAGCCCACGGCCUGUGCCCUGAGGGAGAAAUUGGACUCCUUCCUCCCGUCCCACCUCUGCAAGCGGGGCCGAGGCCUCUUCGCUGUCCUCCGGGGCCGAGAGGCCAAGGCCGGGACGGGCGAGCAAGGCCUGCUGCACGCCUACCGCCAGCUGAAGGAAGCGGACGGCCGCCACAGUGAGCACGCCGCCACGCUGGGCUCCCACUACCGCGCCUACCUCCUCAAGUGCCACGAGCUACCCUUCUACGGGUGUGCCUUCUUCCACGGUGAGAUCGACAAGCCGGCCCAGGGCUUUCUGCACCGGGGUGGACGCAAGCCAGUGACUGUGGCCAUCAGCCUGGAGGGGGUGCACGUCAUCGACAGCAGGGAGAAGAAUGGGGUUGGGCAAGGUGUGGAGGCUGCACUUGGGAACCCCACUGCUGAGUGGAGGGAGUCUGGCAACAUCCGGCCACUUCACCCGUUAAGUCAGUAUGAGUCCACCGUGCUGGAGUGUCAGGCUGAGCUGAUGAGCGGCCUCAUCGAGUACUGCAUCGAGCUGAGCCAGGCCGCAGAGCACGCUGCUCCCCAGGACAGUGCGUGUGGCCCCCACUCGGCCUCCAGCCCUGCCCCGCUGGCCGCCCAGCGCCCCAAGCUACGGAGGCAGGGCAGUGUGGUGUGCAGCCGGAUCCAGCAUCUCUCCACCAUUGACUACGUGGAAGAGGGCAAGGGGAUCAAGCGGGUGAAACCGAAGCGCACCACGUCCUUCUUCAGCCGGCAGCUGUCCCUGGGCCAGGGCAGCUACACCGUGGUGCAGCCCUCGGACAGCCUGGAGCAGAACUCAGGAUGAGUGCGCUUCUGCACCUGACCUGCUGUCCUCCCAGGCAGGGGCCGGGCUGGGUUAGGCUUAAAUUAGGCUGUGCACGUGGUCCGUGAGUACUUGAGAACAUGGAGCGGUGGGCACGGGCCCCUCUGCAGCCCAUCCUCCUGUCCCUGCUGCCCCUACUGACCAACACGAUACCCAUCUGGAGGUGAUCGCUCCUGCCGCCGGUGGCAGGGGCCUGGGUCACAUCUCGGGCUGUGGGGUCCUGUGUGCCUUUGCUCUUCUGGACUCCAGUCAGCAUGUCUUGCAUUCCUUCUGCUGGCAUUCCACCUACCUUGCUCUCAGGAGGACUGGCCCCUGGCCUGAGCUGUGCGGAAACAGCACUGUCCCCCCGGAUUAUCUAGGGCUCCACCCCAUUCUGCAGGCCAGACACACUGAGCAGACAAGGUGCCUUUUGUCUACCUUGGUGUCAUGCCCAUGUUGGGAGCUGUCUUGGGGACCAGUAGACACCCCCCAUUUCACACUGGAUGAUCCUGAAAAGCCCCUGUUACUGCCCAAGAGGCUCCCCUCAGCCUGUGCACCCCCAAAUGACCCUUGCCCCACGUGUUGGGUCUGGUUUGGGUUUGUGCAUCUGCUUUUGCUUGGUGAGUUCUGUGACCUCUGGCCACUCAAGGACAGACUUGUUUAACUGAGAGGCACAGACACUCCUUCGGUGACACUGGGGUCAGCUGUGUGGUGACAGGAGCUCGUCCCUUCCCUCCAAGGACACGAGCAAGGCGGCUUGGAUGUGGUGCCAGCCUUGACUGUCCCCAGCUGCUGGGUCCGAGAGGAGGGCCUUCCGGGCCCUGGGCCUCUCAUCUUCCCCCGGCCUUGGUACCUGGUCAGGUGGGUUUGCCUUCUGGCGGCAGGGCCUGUUUGUCCCAGUGUGAGUGGGAAGAAGUGGCCAGGGCGUGUCCUCUAGAAGAGUCUGGGCUUCUUAACUCCCCAUGUGGAGUUGCUGGGACCUCUCUCAGCUGCCAGCCCCCGCUCCUGGCUCCUUCUAGACUUCUUGGGCCCACUGAUUGUUGACUUGGUGCAUUCCUAUCUGAUGGGCCCACAGCAUGUGGGGUGUGGUUGAUGUGUGUAUGUGCACAAAUGACGUGUUUCCACUCUCCAGCCCCUUCGGGGGUUUUCUAUGCAUCCACUGUGCCUUAACCUUCUCUGUCUGCUCUUUGGGACAAGGCAGUAUUUUACUAAAUGUCCUUGAAUGUUCUUUUGUAUCAUGUGACUUAUUAAUAAAAUCCAUUUCA